UGAUAAUUUAAACCAUUAAAUAAAAUAGAGUGACUUAAGUUAAGUUGUCUUUAAUAAAUGUAGAAAAAGGUUUUUUUUAAUAGUUUUUCAUUUGUAACGAUCUUCGUGCCUGAUGUGAGCAUAUCCACUUUCUUCAAUUUUUAUUGUUGUUGUUGUGUAUAUAUCUACAGUUGUUGCCUUAUGUUUUUUCUUUUUGGUCAGAGUAUCAAUGGUCAGAAUUUUGUUAUGAUCUUGUCAGAGUAUAGGUUAUGUUUGGAAUAAGUUAUUAAUUAUUUUAUUUAUUAAUAAAAAGUUAAUGUAAGAACUCUAAGAAUGUAUAUUGUCCAAAUAAGUUUGGAGUGAACAAUUUAAGGUGAUAAUAAAAAACUGUGACGCUGAUAUGGAGAAAGUUUGUCGUUCUUGCAUGAGCGUAAGCUCGGAAAUAAGAAGUGUUUUUGAUAUAGACAUUUUUGACGGUCAAGCAAUGCAAAUAUCGGAUAUGAUUAUGGCUUGUGCUGAAGUUCAGGUCCAAGAAGAUGAUGGUCUUCCAUCUCAUUUGUGUUCAAAAUGUGAAGUUAAAUUGCAAACUGCAUUUACUUUUAAAAAGCAAUGUGAAAAAUCAGAUGCUAUUUUCCGAGCUCUCCCACCAGAAACUAAAGUAGAUAUUAAGGAAGAAUGUUUAGAAAAUUUAAACAUAAUUGUACAACUAGACAUUAACAAUGAUUGUACCACAUAUGAGGACAACAGUUUGUCUGAUUCAAAUUAUGAAAAUGAAAAACUGAUUGCAGAACCUGACUCCAGUCAAAAUAAAAAUAAGUGUGCAACUUGUGAUGACAACAAUUUCUUAGAUCCAAAUUGUGGGAAUGAAAAAAACAAUGCAGAGUGUGACUGCAAACAAGAUAAAAAUGAUUUAACAUGUAAUUAUUGCUGCAAAAUAUUACGCUCCAAAAAAGGCCUUAAAAUUCACAUGAGAAGACAUACUUGUGAUAUUUGUUCUGCUUCAUUUACAAAAACUGAUAAUCUAGUGAGACAUAUGAGAGUGCAUAAUGUAGAGGAAAAUCAAAAAUACGUUUGUAUAGAAUGUGGUGCAGAAUUUGCCAAGUCCUAUGACUUAUCAAUACAUAAAAAGGAACACAUGACUACUAAAAAUGAAGAAGAAUUUGAGGAUGACAAAAAUAUGAGAAGCAAUAUGUAUUCAGCACAUGAAAGUGAUGAAGCUAUUAAUGUAACUUUGGCUAAGACAAUUAAAUGUGAAUUUUGUAACAGAAAGUUUAAAUAUAGAAAAAGUUUUAUGCACCAUAUACAACUGAAACAUGGAAUGACAGACGACAAUGAUAUUCCUUUUAUUUCUGUUAUUUCUGGAAAUAUGCAGACAAAAGUGUCACCUGAGAAAGCAAGAGAAGAGAAAGAGGAAGAGUUUUCCUUUAAAAUACCUGAUAAAAACAACGCAGACGUUUCUUCUGAUAACAAUUUAAUGCCUCACAAGUACAACCAUUGCGACAAAGAAUUAAUCAGCAGGGAACACAUAAUGAAGCACAGUGACAAAGAUCAUGUUUACAAGCCUUAUAUUUGCACUAUUUGUAACAAGAAUUUUGCGAGAGGCGAUCAUCUUAUAAGACAUGUACAAAUACACAAAACUGGAACUGAUGCGAGCGUUUUGAUGUGUUCUAUAUGUGAAAAGGUGUUUGAUAGUUCUGACCAGUUUGUACGCCAUACGAAAGUUCACUUGCGACNCAUGGAAUGA